UUAUUUGGGUGUUUUUAACUGAAUGGUGUGGUAAUGACUGCAUCUUUCACUAACAUCUGUCAAACCAGACCCAGAUGCUGUAGAAGUUGGACGCUGGUCGUGUUGUCUCUGGUUCGUUCAUGUCCCCUCGUGCUGCAGUAGCUGAAGCUUUCUCCACUCUCUGGAUUUAUUGUUAUUGGAACCAAAAUGAACACAGCUGGGAAGGUCAUCAGGUGUAAGGCAGCAGUAGCCUGGGAGCCCAACAAGCCUCUGGUUAUUGAGGAGAUUGAGGUGGCUCCCCCGCAGGCCGGCGAGAUCCGCAUUAAGAUUGUGGCGACUGCAGUGUGCCACACAGACCUGUACCACCUACUGGAGAGCAGGCACAAAGAUGGCUUCCCAACAGUCCUCGGACACGAGGCUGCCGGCAUUGUGGAGAGCGUGGGUCCUGGAGUCACGGAAUUCCAGCCAGGAGACAAGGUGAUUCCUCUUUUUCUUGCUCAAUGUAAAGAUUGCCGCUUCUGUAAGAGUCCCAAAACCAACCAGUGUGAACACGCAUGGACCAGGGUUAUUCAGGACCAGAUGGCAGGUGUAGAAUCCAGGUUCACCUGUAAGGGGAAGAGGAUUCACCAGUUUGUAGCAACCAGCACCUUCUCUGAGUAUACCGUGAUCAACCAGAUCGCUGUGGCUAAGAUCCACCCCGAUGCUCCUCUGGACAAAGUUUGUCUCCUUGGCUGUGGGGUCUGCACGGGCUAUGGAGCAGCAGUUAAUACUGCUAAGGUGGAACCGGGCUCCACGUGUGCCGUGUUCGGGCUGGGAGCCGUGGGUUUGGCUGCAGUCAUGGGCUGCAAAGCUGCAGGAGCCAAGAGGAUCAUUGCUGUCGACGUCAACCCCGACAAGUUUGAGAAAGCCAAAGUGUUUGGUGCCACGGAGUUCGUGAACCCCAAAGACCACGAUAAACCCGUCCAUCAAGUCCUGGUGGAGAUGACCAAUGGAGGAGUUGACUUCUCCGUGGAAUGUGUUGGGAACGUGGAAGUCAUGCGCAGCGCCUUGGAGUCGUGUGUGCAGGCCUGGGGGGUCAGCGUUAUCGUUGGCUGGACGAAUCUGAACGACGUUGUGAUCCGACCCACUCAGCUGAUUUCUGGCCGCACGUGGAAGGGCUCUUUGUUCGGAGGUUUUAAGGGCAGAGAUGACGUUCCUAAGAUGGUGAAGGCUUACAUGGACAAGAAGUUGAAGCUGGAUGAGUUCAUCACUCACAAGAUGUCGUUGGACCAAGUCAACGACGCCAUCGAGCUGAUGAAACACAGCAAAUGCAUUCGAGCGGUCAUGAUCGUCUGACACACGCUGGCUUGAAAGAAUAAUUCGACUCUGUUCAUUUGUGUACAGAUGAGCUCAUAAGAAGCCAACGCUGUGACACAACGUAAUAAAAGAUUUCACGUC